CCAGGCGCAUGCGCCUUUUGGAAUGAACCUAACUUUUCGUGGGAGUGUGCUGCUUCGUGUAGCCUACGGGGAAGUUUUAUGCAAUGGGCUAUUAAAUUGACCCAACACUUGCUGAGACUUGCUGAGGUUACAAGAGAUAGUGUAAAAUGGUCAUAGGACAUUAGGAAAUACUGUCGGUGACAUGGGCUCUGUUAUUUCCUCUAUUUUGUAAGAAGGCUAUAUAUCAUUGUUGCGCUUGUAUACGUUUUGACAUCUUGCUCCUCAACGGUUGCAGAUGUGCGAAUCGUUUUUAGUUUACUCACUAGGCCUGCCGUUCACGUGCUAGAAUAAUACGUGUGUAAUUUUCGCUUUAGAAGUUUACUUUGCGGCCCAACAACGGCAACGCCGUUGAACUUGACAAUGAAGGAGAAAACACGCCAUCGCGCUAAAUUCCACUGGACGUCAACAGCAGUAACAGCUGGCGUAAUUCUGCUGAGUUUGUUUGCUUGGUCUUGUCGUGCAGAAGAAGCGUCUUGCCACGGAGCUUACGACUUGUACUUUGUUUUAGAUAGAUCAGGAAGUGUUUCUAAAGACUGGGGUGAAAUUUAUGCCUUUGUGAAGAACCUUACAGACCGAUUUGUGAGCCCCAGCAUGAGGGUCUCCUUUAUAGUGUUCUCAUCUUCAGCCAAAGUGAUGUUACCUCUGACUGGAGACAGAUAUGAAAUCCAGGAAGGCCUGGAGAGACUGAGAGAGGUGAAACCAGCAGGGGAGACCUACAUGCAUGAAGGAAUUAAAGAGGCAAACAAUCAAAUCAAAUCCCAAACCACCAAGUCCUCCAGCAUCAUCAUAGCUCUGACAGACGGAAAGCUAGAGGUCUUCAUACAUCAAUUAACAGUUGAAGAGGCCAACAUUGCGAGGACCUACGGUGCUCGAGUGUACUGUGUUGGUAUCAAGGACUUUGACGAGCAACAGCUAGCCGAGGUGGCCGACACCAAAGAUCAAGUGUUCCCUGUUAAAGAUGGAUUCCAUGCACUCAAAGGCAUAGUAAAUUCAAUAUUAAAGCAGUCCUGUACAGAGAUCCUGACAGUAGAGCCGUCCAGUGUCUGCGUUAACCAGUCGUUUGACAUCGUGCUGCGAGGGAACGGCUUCUCCGUGGGACGAGGCAACGACGGGGUUGUCUGUAGCUUCAUAGUUGGCACGCAGACAUACAGUCCAUGGACGUCCUCAUAAGUCUGAACCAUGGAAAGUCCUUCAUCCUUAGUGCCUUCACCAUCUACGCCACCACAUGUUCGGACGGCUUCGCGGUAGCCAUAGUGUUCCUGUUGCUGUUGUUACUGGCAGCGUUAGCAGCAGCGUGGUGGUUCUGGCCUCUCUGCUGCACUGUGGUCAUUAAACCUCCUCCUCCUCCUCCUGCUCCCUCAAGGCCUCCGCCACCCGAGCCGGAGGAGGACGACCACCUGCCCAAGAAGAAGUGGGCGACUGUCGACGCCUCGUACUACGGAGGGAGAGGGGCAGGAGGGAUCAAACGCAUGGAGGUGCGUUGGGGAGAGAAGGGCUCUACAGAGGAAGGGGCGAGGCUGGAGAAGGCUAAGAAUGCUGUAGUGUCUGUUCCUGAGGAGGUGGAAGAGCCCACGAUGGCCAGACGGCCCCCCAAACCCACCCCUACAUACCACCAGCAGCAGGAGUCCAAAUGGUAUACCCCUAUAAAGGGUCGUCUGGAUGCGCUGUGGGCUUUACUGCGGCGACAGUAUGACCGAGUUUCCCUCAUGAGACCUAACUCUGCGGACAAAGGGAGGUGUAUUAAUUUCAACCGAGUGCAGAACCGUUAGAAGACAAAGACGAACGUCUUCAACAUUCAAAUAUGUGUUUUGAAGACCUAAUAUCCAAGAAGACUAGAAGUAUCCAAAACCACUAUUCAUUUGCUUCUCUCAGUAUCGUGCUCAAGGUGGAAUCUCUUUCUCCAUGAUGUCUCCUGUCAUUUCCUAAAGCAUCUUUCUCAUCAGAACAUGUUCAUAUUUCCGUCCUUCCAUAACAGGGAUAUAACUUUAUAAUUUUUUUACUUGUCCCUUUUUUCUUUUUUUUUUUUUACUUCACAAGAGGCCAAAGCCAAUAAACAUCGAAGCACAAAACGCGGCCGAUCGGAUCUGGUUAGCUUUUUUUUGUGCUCACUAAAGGCUUAACAUAUUCUGACCAUAUUGCGCCUUCUGUGGAAAACCUCAUUUCAUGGACACAGACGGAAGCUAUCUUAAAAAAAGAAACAUGCAGAACGAGAGAGCGGGUGAGGCUGUGCCGUUAGCAUGGCAGUAGCAAUACUCCCAGAGGGCCUCGACACACAGUGCACAAGUCCAUCGCCUCUUGGCAACAUCUCGUCACAAAUCCUCUCCAACUCCUCUCCCUCCACUAUCGUUUGAAAGAUGCCCGGCGGGACCCCCUUUGACUGGAGAUCCUGUCAUUUUAACACUGAGAAGUGCACACGCAUGACAAACUGUGGACAGCCAGGACGCCCUAAGGAAUUGGAAGCAGUAGCUAAGACAUUGCCCUUUAGUUUUGUGAAGACACCUUUCUUUCAUUAUGCACUGGGGACAAGGGGAAUUACUAGAGCGUUAUCCCACCGCGGGCCGGGCCAGGACAGGACAGCCCCUCUGACCAGACCACCACAACUCUCCACUCUGACUACUUUUGAGGGAUGGACGCCUAAAGCCCCCGGCAUGGUGCUUGGCUGUGUUUCCCCAAUGUUUUGAUGCAAUCUGCUGUAUGCUCACUAAGGCGUACAACAUCACAACCCAUAAACCUGCCAGUCAGUCAGUUGAAGAGUUUUUAAGAUAUAGAUACAGCUGUCUCCCACUUCACUGCUACCCGUCCCCCUCUGUCUCCAAUUCUCCAAGGGCCUCCCUGCCUCUCUCCAGUCUCAGCCCUUUAGCUUCGACAGCAGAAUAUCAAAGUUUAAUUAAAAUAAUUAAAGAGAACAGCAAGCAGCAGCCUGUGAAGAUUUGAUCGUCUUUUUUUUAUUUUUUUUAGCCCUUUUGACAUUGAAUGACCUAUAACUGUACGUGCAUUAUUUGGAGAGAAAGAGGCCAUCCCAUCCCGUCUCCUUGGCGACGGUUUGGUGCACCCUGGCUGUCCGAAACCCAAACGCAAAACCAAGGCAACGGAUGCGACGGACGGAUAAGUAUUGUUCAUUUGCAGAAAUGAUGUUACCAAGCCUCGCACGCGUCGACCCCACCUCCACAAAAAGAUGCAGUAUAUAUGUAUAUAUAUAUAUUUGUUGUAUAUUUCUCAAGAGCGCUGUCAUGACACCAAUCCCAAAAUGAUGUCAGCGAGAGGGGUGCAUUGUGGGGGAGGAAAGGCAGCAGCUGAAGAGAAAAGGCUCCAACGAUCCAGUCACUUUGGAUACGGUACUUCAGAUGCAAAAUGGAUAUUCGAGUCGAAACCUGACAAAGCGCGCCCGGUUUUGAUGGGAACCAGUAUAGACAAUGACCAGUGGCUGGGUCAGUGGGAUGUCUCUGUGCAACCAGGGAAGCUUAUCAUAUGACACUAAAAAUAAGUUCAACAACCAUCAAGUUUCAGGGGGAAUGGGCCAGGAUUUUCACAUUUGGUGGGCAUGCGUGUGCACGAGACGGGUUGGGCGUGCACAACGUCGUCUCUGACUUAAUUAUUCCUUUGUUUUGUUAUCUGGGUGGACAGGAAGGGACAGGAAUGACACUGAUGGUCAGAUACAAUCCUUAGGGAACCCGUGAUAUUAUUUUUUCAUACACAUUUUAGUCUCUUGUCUCAUCUUCUGCAGAACAUUUUUAGUAAGAUAAUCAGCUUCGUUUAGAUGAACUGCAGAAGAGGAUAUUUAACAGUUUUUUAUAUUUUCUUGUUAUUUUACAUCUGAGAGCACAGAGCUGCUAUUAACCCAUACUAGUUAGUUAUUUACAUACCAGGCCAAACACAGCUCUCCAUCCUAACAACGCUUCACAUUGGCUUCAGGUUCCCUCUCUUUCCCCUGUGCCAUCUCCAAAUGCUCCACGGCGAGAACACAUUUUAUACUCUUUAUAAAUAAAACAUAUUGAUAGUAUUGAUAUUUUAAUAUGACAGUGCCCUUUGCCAAAUGUGCCUUUCCUUAAAAAUAUAUUUAUUUGUCAUUUUUGUUGCACUUUUUCCAUUUUAUUUUUGUGCAAUUCAAUUGCGAGACGCUUCCCAGCAUAAGCUAAACGUUGGUUUGAAUAUAGUAAUUUUAGUAUAAACAUUUUAAAACCCAAUUAUAUCAUAGUUUUUAUUUCACAUAUGGAAGGCUGUAAAUUAUGCAUAUUUCUAAUAUUGACAUUUUUAGAAAACAAAACAGCUAAUAAAAAAAUGCAAGUGUUAAAGAGUAAGACUGUUUAUUUUAAUAUAAUUUAUAUCAGGAUGUUUAAUAAUGACAUUUUGCUAUUUUAAAAUCACCUCUGGUAGUCGUACCAGAAUAAUUUAAGUAGUCAAUAAUAAGCACAUUAUUCAAUGCAAUCAUGCAGUAUUUUUCAUUAUUUUCCAAAAUAUUAAAAUGAUGUUUAUUUGUGGUUUAAUUGUAGAUUGUCUCUCCUCAUGUCUGCAUUUCGUGUAUUAUCAUAGCACUUCAGGACAGGGCUGUACUACGGGCUUUAGAUGCAGUACAUACCAAGGUAAACAACUGUUCUCCAAACUGUUGUUUUGUUGUUGUCUCUGUGCUAUAUUCAUUCAUGGGUUGCAUAUGUUAUGUACACUGUAUUGGUUUGUUUUGUCGUUUUAUACAUUAAAUAAUUUUUUUUUAAUGUAUUUAUCACAAAUUCCUUACUACAAUCACUUUUUUUUUUAUGUGGCUACAAUUACUCAUUGUGAUGUUACAGUGAUUGUCAUGUGUUGAAUUCAUUAUUAAACCAUUAUUAAAUCUCAA